ACACUGGAUAAAACAACAAAAUAUAUAUUAAUAUAUGUGUUUAGUUUGAAAAUCGCGAAUAUUAAAAAGGCCAAAUACGUGAGGAAAUACAACUCAAGUCAAUUUUACGAUCGCUGUGUUGGAAAAAAACCAUCGAAACAACGCCACAAAUCGCGGCGUUGGAAAGAGACAAAGAAAAAUUAACAUGGGUGCACGGGGUGCACGACUCAAGGGCGACAGUUUUCAGUUCAGUUAUAGGGGACGCGAUAGCGCCGAGUGAAAAAAGACGAGACGUGAAACAGUUAUUUUUUUUUUUUAGUGCAUCGAAUACGACAGUGACGCAGAAGGUUCUCGUGAGACAGUUUCGACGUGAAAAGAAAAAAGAACGUUUGAAUUAUGAGAAAACGAACGAAAUUUCGUAGGGAUAGUUGAGGAAAAGUAAUACGCGAGAAAACAAUAAAAAAUCGCACGCAAAUGGCGGAUUAACGGGGAGACAGAUCUUGCGAUCGAACAUUUUCGCAAAAAAAUGGACUGGUGGUUCAUUGACAAGCGUCGUGACACUUUUAUUUUUAUCGUAAAUUCAAGAUUAUUUUGCAAUUUUUCGUAAUCCUUAAAAAAUAACGUCAUCAGGUUUAAGAGUAUAGAAGUGAACGAAAAAAAUAUAUAGGAUCAGUUGUGGUGGUAGGAUAUCGGUGUUGGAUCAUCACACAGCUGAUGCACCUCGAUCUGACAUAUUUGCGAGUGACAGUUGUGUUGUUAUUCGUUGUUGGCAAUGAUUGUAAAUUGCAUAAUUGUAGUGGCAAAACGUGUUAUUAACCGAAGUUAAUAGAGUAAACGAAUUUGAUCCGGAUAAUUACUUAAUUUUAUUUUUUUGUUCAAUUUUUUUAUUGUUCACAAAUUCGUGAAUUAAUUGACAUUAACGGGGUAACACGAAAAGUGAUAGUUUUUUGUACACAAUGGCGCUCCUCGAUCAUUUGUUCGACUCCAAACAACAAUCCGGGCCCGACAGCCUCGCCGAUCUUUGCUGCAAAACUAUUUGCGACAAUCUCGAUAUUAUAUCGAUCAAAGACCAGCAUGGAAAUCGUACUCUUAGAGAUGAUAUUACGUUGCCCAGUGAAAUAUGCGACAAAAUUAUCGAAUUUGUACAACGCAGCACCGUUUCCAAUGCAGACAAUUCAUUCUUUGCUAUGUUUCGUAACACCAAAGCUACCCGUCUCAAACGUGUUUCUAUUGCUUCGAAUUUUAUCACUGAUUGGGCUGUAAUGGUUAUCGCUACACCCGAAGUCUCACAUCUCGAUUUUGGAGAAUGCAGAAAUUUAACCACACUUUCUAUUGAAUGUAUCAAUGCCAUGUGUCACCCCGAUCUUCACAGCCUUGCCUUCCGAGGACCCCAAACUGUUCUUCGACAACAGACUCAAAAUUCAAGAGUUCUUGAAGAUUAUGCCAACAGAGGAUACAUAUUCAACACUCCACAUCUGCGGCGUCUUGCUGUGCACAAUAUAAAUAUUCCAUCACUGGAUUAUCGUAUAUUACUUGGUACUUUAACGAAUUUGACACACCUGGAUAUAUCCGGAGCGACAGACGUAAAAAGUUUCACUUUCUUGGAAGAAGUGCCGCAGCUCUUGUCGCUUUGUCUUUACAAUGUGAAAAACAUAAGCAGUUGCAAAACAUUCGUUGCUGAAAUAUGCCAAUUAAAAAAAUUACGUCAUCUCGACAUAUCGCAGUCCAAUCAUAAGUAUGGAUACUUCAAAAGUCCCAAUCAAUUUCUGAGCACAUUAAUGAGAGGUUUACCAGAGCUGGUUUCUUUGGAUAUUGGUGGUACCAAUCUUGCUGGUACAGGAGUCACCGAACAUCCGCUUGAAGGAUCACUAAACGAACUUGAGUUGUGCGAUAUACAAGGUCUCUCCUCAAGAGUACGCAAACCACUGCAAUUUCUUGGUUUGUAUGGUACUCAUCACAGCGCUUGCAAAAGACACGACAUACCGGCGGAGGUGAUCGCAGGGGAUGCUACCGAAGAACAAAUAUUGGUAGCACUGAGAAUUUGCAUGGACAAUAAACAAGAGCUCUUGCAAAAAAUCCUGAACGAUCUUUAUCACGUGUUUAGGUAUGACUAUUGCAAAAGGAUGGAUCAAGCUCUGUACAUGGUGCUUGAAGCCAUGGAUAAAUAUUUACCCGAAAGGCACAUUCAGAUAUCUGGAAGCGCAACGCUCUUUUACAUUGUAAAAAUGAAGGAAAAAUGUGGUUUGCCUGUUCCACUGCGACGAAAAAUAAUAGGUACUCUUUUGGCGGGAAUGAAUGCCCACAAAGACGAAGAAACAAUGAUGAGAAACGGCUGUUUGGCGCUUUGCCAAUUCCACAUACCUCAGGAUGUUAUGUGGAAUUACGAGCCGCUGGUCAAAGUAUUGUUGCAUUCGGCGAGAUACGCAGAAUCCGAAGGUUUUGUUCAACGAAUCGGUAUAUAUUUGUUAAAUUCGUUGGCAUGUCAGGUCGAGGGAGAGAAAAAACGUUUGUUGGGAAAAUUGGGUUGUGUAAGGACGAUGUUGAAUCUUGUGAAAUAUCGUGUCAAAUACGCCAUGUUCGAUGAUGUGCUUGAAGUCGCUUGGUCAACGAUGUGGAACAUGACCGAUGAAACGCCAAUCAAUUGUCAAAGAUUUUUGGACGAUAUGGGAAUGAGUUUGUUCCUUCGAUGCGUAAAGCAUUUCCCACUUAAAGAGGAACUUUUGCGCAACAUGAUGGGUUUAAUAGGAAAUGUUGCUGAAGUCGAUAGCCUUCGAUCUCAACUGAUGCAGGAUCGAUACGUCAGUGUUUUCGCUAAAUUAUUGGCUUAUGGUAGCGGCUUUAUCGAGGUUUCUUACAAUGCCGCCGGCAUCUUGGCCCAUUUAGCAUCGGACGGUGUCGAAGCUUGGACAGUAGAAAGUCCCACGAGGGAUGAAGUUCUUGAAGGAAUGGUCACGGCUAUCGAAAGCUGGGAUCUAUCAGCAUCUCGAAAUAUUAAUUAUCGUUCGUUUUUACCACUUUUACGACUGUUGGAUGUUUAUCACACUCCGCAAUGCCAACACUGGGCAGUUUGGGCACUUGCCAAUCUCACCAAAGUAUAUCCUUUGAAAUAUUGCUCGUUGGUGGAGGCAGAAGGUGGAAUCGAGAAGCUCAACAAUCUGCUCACGGAUUCGAGGCCCUACAAUAGAAUUAAGAAUCUCGCGGUACUCGUAAUAAUGAAUUGUAGCCUGGGAGAUUAUAGUAAAAUGGAGAGAACGGUACUGGAGCAGAAAAAAGUGAUAUACGAAAACGCUUGAAAAGUACGAUGUUAUCUGUUCAAGGUUGAAAUUAAGAAAUGAAUGCCACAUGAAAACGAUUCAAAGAAAAUUUUAACACGAAGAAACACAUCGGAAAAUCUAGUAUUAGAGAAACGAAUUAUCGAUUCGGUUGCCAAAUAAUCUGGUAAAUUCAUAAGUGAAGAAAUGAUGAUGAAAAAGUGCAAAUCAUUUUGGAUAUUCCACGUGCGAUGAACUCAUGUUAUGAAAACAAUUUCGAAGCACGAAAGAGGCAAGAAGGCAAGGAGGGCAGGGAGGGGCGAAAACACAACGAGAAAGUAACAAAUUCAAGUAUGAAUGAGCCAUUACUGGUUCUACCAUACGAAAAAAAAGUCGUAUCGAACAAAUAUCCUGUUAUAUUUGAGUUGGAAACAAUUCCAUCGUCGAACUUCGAACGGUCAUUUUAUGUUCUGUAAAAAAUAAUUAAUAGAACUAUUGUAAUUGUUCAGUGUUCCCGCACAUAGGGAUUCGGCUUUUACGAUCUCGUCCUAUUGACUUUGACCCUCUGUUGCUUCAUUAACUUCCAUCUCUCUGCGAAAACUUCCGAGAGUAUUUUCCGGAGCGACUCCUCCUUCCUGAUUGCCCUGCGUGAUCGUAUUUUCUAUGAGCAGGGCCCAAAAAAGUGCGAUAAAUUUCUGUCGAUACAGUCGGCCGGAGUUUCCCGCUCGGUUUUUACGGGCUCUGGUCUUGAACAACUGAUAAAAAUUUUCAACCCCUUCGGUCAUCGGUUUACGAGCCAAUACAUCGUUGAAGGGUCACCCAUUCCGGUAAUGGAAGAUCAUUGAAACCAAACAUCGCGCGAACUCAUCGUUGACGUUUUUUUUUUCUAGUACUACGUUAAAACGACAAAGUUAUAUGUUUUAUUAUUUUUAAUUAUUAAUAAGUGCCUACAUCGCCUGUGCAAAACAGUCCUCGAAGCGCAGAUUUAUAAAAUCAAAACAAAAGUCCCCUCAUCUUUAACACCGAUCGGUUGCAAGUCCGAAAAAGGUGUAUUGAAAAACACACAUACAAAAAAAAAGAACGAUAAUUCAAUUCUCAAUAUGGAUUGUAAUAAAAUGUGCUGUCAUUGCGUCUUGCGAGUACAGAAUUACAAAUUGAUGAAAAACAAAAAAAUUCAUAGUUUCGUCCUGUUUGUCUCCUCUUUCUCCAAGGACAAAAAUUCAAAAACAGAAAUAAAGUGAAAAUUGCAAAAAAAAACAAAUACUGCGUGAAGUUCAUGAUUACGGCUGUAGUAAUUUAUUCUUAUCCAACGUUUUAGUAGAAUGUAAUAAAGAAAAAGGAUACCUGUUGAAAAGACUUUACUGUAAAUAGCAGCAGUACGUGUAAAGGGUAUGAAAGUGUGAAAGCGCUCUUUACGUUUGUAUGUUUUUGUAUAUCAACGAUUAUAUAAAACUAUCAAAAUUGUUUCACGGUCAAUCAUUAAAGCAAUGAUAAAGCAAAAUAUCGUUUUCGGUGGACGACAAUGUAAAUGAUUUAAUCGUCAAA